UUGAGAGUGGGCCCACGUGGUGACGUGGAGAAAUCGGAGGUGGGGUAGGGAGAGAGCAGAGAACUAAAGUGUGGAUCUUUGAUUCACACAGUGGACACAGUUUUCGCACCUGUUACCUGUCUGCUACGAGAACACCUCUAAACAGAGAGAGAGAGAGAGAGAGACGUAUGCCUGUAGCUUCCUCUGCUACUUCAUUCUAGAGACACAAACAGUUUAGAAAAAGAGAGAGAGAUCCAAUGGAGUACGAGAGGAUACACAAAGUGCAGACUGGUAUAAUAUCUCCAAGUAAGCUGAGGAUGAAGCUCAUGGGACCUCACCAUAAUAGAAAGAAGGAUGGAUCAAACAGUAAUUCUUCAAGAACAUCUCCUUCAAGGCUCGAUGAUACUGAAUUUGACAAGAAUAGCUUAUUAGCCUCCAAUGAUGAGGAAGCUUCCAGCUUAGAAGUUUCAUCUGUGACUGUUCUGGGAGACGCAGUGGUUAACCCCAGCCAAGUUGAUCAGACAUCUUGCCAGCAAAAGGAUACGUUGCCAAAGGAAAAUGGCAACAUGGGUCGUGCUAAAAUGCAGCAAUUUUCAAAGGGUGAAAGUGGUAAUUCAAGUGCGGUUCACCCAAUGAGAUCACUUGAAGAUGAGAAUCUUGAUUAUGAUAGUAAUGCUAGUUCAUCUAGUUUUGAGUUCCAUAAGGAAAGAUCAGUACAUAAUCAAUUUACAAGAUCAUUUUCAAGGCCUAUGCCAUCUAAGUGGAAUGAUGCAGAGAAAUGGAUAAUGAAUAGGCAAAAUGUACAACCUAAUUUGAAGAAAAAUGGUUUACACAACCAAGCUAAUCGGAUGCUUGGGACUAAUACAGUGAGAGUUGCUCCAGAAUCAGCAAAUCAUGAUCUUAAGUCUUCUAUUAGCAGGGUAGUAGACACUAAGCGCAUAGAUAUCUGUCAGCAUCCUUCACAAAUGGCAUUUGAGAAGUUUUCUUUUAUUCCCACUGGCGCUCCUUCAGUUUCUGGUCAAGCAUAUGGGGGGAAUCUGCUAAUUGAUCAGUGUACUCAAAGCAAGGACUUUCAGGAAGUGGAUCAAAGAGAACCAUGUAGUGCAAAAAGUUUGGCAGAAGAUGGAACAGUUCUUCCUGUUUUAAGAUCAGUCUGCAUGAGAGACAUGGGAACAGAAAUGACCCCUGUUACAAGUCAAGAGCCUUCAAGGACUGCUACACCUGUGGGGGCAACAACUCCUCUCCGCAGCCCAACUUCUUCAAUCCCAUCUACUCCCCGGAGAGGGGCACCAGCGCCAACACCUAUGGAGCAUGGUACUGAUGAUGAUACACAAAACAUUCCUGAAAACGGCAGAAAAGAGUUGACCGAGCAAGAAAUGAAACUGAGGACAAGAAAGGAGAUUGUGGCCCUAGGUGUCCAGCUAGGCAAGAUGAAUAUUGCUGCAUGGGCAAGUAAAGAAGAACAGGAAAAGAAUACAUCUGCAGUUGAGAGUGCUCAUGUGGAUGAGCUUGAGCGGAUUGAAUAUGAAAAACGUGCAUCUGCAUGGGAAGAAGCUGAAAAAUCUAAACACACAGCAAGAUAUAAAGGUGAAGAGAUUAAAAUUCAAGCAUGGGAAAGUCAGCAGAAGGCAAAACUAGAGGCCGAGAUGCGGAGAAUAGAGGCACAAGUUGAACAAAUGCGAGCCCAAGCUCAAGCAAAGAUGGUAAAGAAGAUUUCUAUGGUAAGGCAAAAAUCAGAAGAAAAACGCACAGCAGCAGAAGCCAGGAAGAAUAGAGAUGCGGAAAGAACUGCAGCUCAAGCAGAGUAUAUUCGUCAGACAGGACGAAUGCCGCCAUCCCGUUACAUGUGCUGUGGUUGGUUGUCAUAAAACUGAAAACAUCAAAUAUUCAAGUAGAAAGAAUUUGCUCAUACAACUCAUUGAGCCAAAGUGGCAUCUCUUGUAUUUUGUUUUUGUUUUAUAGUUCAUUGAGUGCUGUCCACUUCCACUAUAUUUUGCUCAAUCUUGUAUCUAAUGGAGUGACCUUAGUUUGCAAGUUAGAAAGUAAAAUUUCUCUGCUUUUUCUGUAA